AUGGCCAGCGGUAGGCCUCCAGGUCUCCAUCCAGCCGCUGGCCGCGAUGAGGACCUGAUGCAGAUGGAGGAGUCGACUCCCAUAUACAGUACAGGGCAGCGACCGCCGGUCAACGACGACAACUUGUUGCGACAGUACAAUAUUGACGAUUCCGAUCAGCCUCAACCCCGUCCCUCGGUCUCAUACGAUAGCUUUGUUGGCGGGCGGGCACCGCCAGCUGCUGGAGCCCGUGCAUCGACCUCUGCGCAUCCUCCGGCCCAACCGGGGGCAUAUCUCAGCGAUCCUUACUCCGGAGCGGAGAUGUCUCGAACCUAUUCGCAAACAUCUGGCCUGAACAACUACCAGCGGUAUUCAGUUGACGAUUUUGACGACGACCGGGAUAUGCAUGGGUACUAUAACAUGGAUGAUGACGACCAUAUGGCGUCGCCCCAUCGCGUACGGCAGGCGAAGGACAGAAAUAGUAUUUUAGGUUUGGGAGGUGGCCUGAUGGGGAGAGCGAAGCACAUGCUUGGAAUGGGACCUGAGUACUCGGAAAUGGAUCUCCCGCUGACGGAGGCCGGGGCUAGAGCCGCACGGGUGGACAGCGUUGAAGGCGACACGGCUGCGCCUAGGGCUCAGAAAAAGUCCAGAAAGUCGGACUUCAAGUUCGGCUUUGGUCGAGGGAAGGUCGAUCCCUCAACGCUUGGUCCGCGUAUGAUUACACUCAACAACCCGCCUGCCAAUGCUGUCCACAAAUUCGUCGACAACCAUGUGUCCACGGCCAAAUACAACAUCGUCACCUUCAUCCCGAAGUUCCUGUUCGAGCAGUUCUCGAAAUACGCCAACCUGUUUUUCUUGUUCACCGCCGUGCUGCAGCAGAUCCCCAGUGUCUCCCCGACGAAUCGUUACACCACUAUUGUACCACUGAUGAUCGUGUUGUUGGUUUCCGCGAUCAAGGAGCUGGUGGAAGACUUCAAGCGAAGAAACUCGGAUAAGUCGCUCAACCACUCCAAAACCCAGGUUCUGAAGGGUUCCGCUUUUCAUGAAACAAAAUGGGUCGAUGUGGCUGUCGGCGACAUUGUUCGUGUCGAAUCCGAGCAGCCAUUUCCGGCCGACUUGGUGCUUCUGGCCUCGUCCGAACCCGAAGGUCUCUGCUACAUCGAGACUGCCAACCUGGACGGGGAGACCAAUUUAAAGAUCAAGCAGGCAAUUCCCGAGACCGCGCACCUGGUCAGUCCCGCUGACCUGAGCCGCUUGAGUGGGCGCAUCCGGUCGGAGCAACCCAACAGCAGUCUUUACACCUAUGAAGCGACUCUUACAAUGCAUGCUGGAGGGGGCGAAAAGGAGCUUCCGUUGGCACCAGAUCAGCUUCUCCUUCGAGGAGCAACCUUGCGUAACACUCCCUGGAUUCAUGGUAUAGUCGUCUUUACGGGUCACGAAACGAAGCUGAUGCGCAAUGCAACUGCUACCCCGAUCAAACGGACCGCCGUCGAGCGGAUGGUGAAUGUCCAGAUUCUGAUGCUGGUCAGCAUUCUCGUGUCUCUCAGCGUAGUCAGCUCCGUCGGGGACCUCAUCAUUCGACAAACUCAGGCCAAGAAGCUUGUCUAUCUCUACUACGGCAGUACGAGUCCGGUCAAGCAAUUCGUGCUCGACAUCUUCACGUACUGGGUUCUCUACUCCAAUCUUGUUCCCAUCUCUCUGUUUGUCACCAUCGAAAUUGUAAAGUAUGCACAGGCAUUUCUGAUCAAUUCUGACCUUGACAUCUACUACGACAAGACCGACACUCCCGCCACUUGCAGGACGUCUUCGCUUGUCGAAGAACUCGGUCAGAUUGAGUAUAUCUUCUCCGAUAAGACUGGAACCUUGACCUGCAACCAGAUGGAGUUCAAGCAGUGUAGCAUCUACGGUGUGCAGUACGGUGACGAAGUAUCUGAAGACCGCCGAGCUACAGCUGAUGACGGAGGCGAACCCGGAAUCUACGACUUUAAAAAGCUCAAGGAGAACUUGCACUCUCAUCCAUCUGCUGAUGCCAUACAUCACUUCCUCACUCUCCUAGCAACCUGCCAUACAGUUAUUCCCGAGAGGAAUGCGGCAGACCCCGACAAGAUCAAGUACCAAGCCGCAUCCCCUGACGAAGGUGCAUUGGUAGAGGGUGCUGCCGCGCUGGGCUAUCGCUUCACCAACCGAAGGCCGCGGUCCGUGUUGUUCACUACAAAUGGUCAAGAGUACGAGUACGAAUUGCUCGCAGUCUGCGAGUUCAAUUCGACAAGGAAACGAAUGUCGACCAUUUUUCGCUGUCCGGAUGGGAAAAUUCGCAUCUACACAAAAGGUGCGGACACUGUUAUUCUCGAACGGUUAGGACCCGAUAACCCUAUUGUGGAAGCAACUCUGCAGCAUCUCGAGGAGUAUGCAUCCGAGGGUCUUCGGACAUUGUGCCUUGCCAUGCGUGAGAUCCCAGAAGAAGAAUAUCAGCAGUGGAUACAGAUCUACGAGAAGGCUGCAACAACAGUCGGCGGCAAUCGUGCAGAAGAGCUCGACAAAGCUGCAGAGCUGAUCGAGAAGGACUUUUAUCUCCUUGGUGCUACGGCUAUUGAGGAUCGACUGCAGGACGGCGUCCCAGACACCAUCCAUACACUGCAGACGGCUGGAAUCAAGAUCUGGGUCUUGACCGGUGACCGACAAGAAACCGCAAUCAACAUCGGCAUGUCGUGCAAGCUUAUAUCAGAAGACAUGACUCUACUGAUUGUCAAUGAGGAGAAUGCUCAAGCCACCCGGGAAAACCUGACCAAGAAGCUACAGGCUGUUCAGAGCCAGGGCACAUCUGGCGAGAUUGAGGCUCUUGCUCUCAUCAUUGAUGGUCGGUCAUUGACAUUUGCGCUGGAGAAGGACAUGGAGGAACUGUUCUUGGAUCUGGCAGUCCUGUGUAAAGCAGUUGUUUGCUGUCGUGUAUCCCCCCUGCAGAAGGCUUUGGUCGUUAAGCUGGUCAAGCGGCAUCUCAAGUCCUUACUUCUGGCCAUCGGUGACGGCGCCAACGAUGUUUCGAUGAUCCAGGCAGCCCAUGUCGGCGUCGGUAUCAGUGGUGUCGAAGGUCUUCAGGCUGCCCGAUCCGCGGACGUUUCAAUUGCCCAAUUCCGUUAUCUCCGGAAGCUGCUUCUUGUCCACGGUGCAUGGAGUUAUCACCGUAUCAGUCGAGUCAUUCUAUACUCAUUUUACAAGAAUAUCGCCCUUUACAUGACUCAAUUCUGGUACUCUUUCCAAAAUGCUUUCUCUGGUGAAGUUAUUUACGAGUCCUGGACGCUCUCCUUCUACAACGUUUUCUUCACCGUGCUCCCUCCGUUUGUCAUGGGAAUCUGUGACCAGUUCAUCUCUGCCCGUCUGCUCGAUCGCUAUCCGCAACUGUACCAGCUUGGACAGAAGGGAAUGUUUUUCAAGAGACACAGCUUCUGGUCGUGGAUCGCCAACGGGUUCUACCACUCGCUGCUGCUUUACAUCGUCUCUCAGCUGAUUUUCCUCUGGGACCUACCACAAGGAGACGGCAAGGUGGCGGGCCAUUGGGUUUGGGGCUCCGCCUUGUAUACAGCGGUCCUGGCCACUGUCCUGGGCAAAGCGGCAUUGAUCACCAAUAUCUGGACCAAGUAUCACUUUAUUGCCAUUCCCGGAUCCAUGGUCAUCUGGCUCGCGUUCCUUCCGGCAUAUGGUUAUGCGGCACCGGCGAUUGGCUUCUCCACCGAGUACUAUGGCACGAUCCCCCGGCUCUUCACCUCACCCAUCUUCUACCUGAUGGCCGUCGUCCUGCCGUGCAUUUGCCUUCUCCGCGACUACGCCUGGAAAUACGCCAAGCGCAUGUACUACCCGCAACACUACCACCACGUGCAAGAAAUCCAAAAGUAUAACGUACAGGAUUAUCGACCUCGCAUGGAGCAGUUCCAGAAGGCGAUCCGCAAAGUACGACAAGUACAGCGCAUGCGGAAACAGCGCGGCUACGCGUUCAGUCAGGCCGACGAGGGCGGACAGAUGAGAGUCGUCAAUGCUUAUGAUACCACGAGAGGAAGAGGGAGAUAUGGCGAAAUGACCAGUUCGAGGACACUGGUCUGA